UUCCUCAGGCAGCUGAAGCCACAAUCCCUCACGCCUGCACGAAUUCUGCCUACCUUAGGCUCGACUGAAGCUAUGAACCCUCGCGGACGCCCGAAUCCGCGAUUCUCCAUGGGAUUCCACUCCCUUCACGUGAUUUCGCAUGGAUUUAGCCUCCCUUCACACUAUUUCGCAUGGAUUCUACCUCCCUUCAUGCUAUUCUGGAGCUCGAUCGUCCGGGUAUUCCUUCCGUCGCUCCAUUUUUCACAUGGUAUCAGAGCUAACGGCCUUCAUUGCCGAUUGAAGAACGAUCCUAGAAUCGUCGGAGGAAAAGAGGAAAAGAAUAAAUCGGAGCUACAAGACGCUGCGGAUGCCGCCUCCGACUCCGACGAACGCAAGCAGGCGGAGUCGAACAACCAGACACCGUCUGAAGCUGUCUACUGCUCCGGACGAAUACGACCUACCCUUAGCUUUCGAUCCGGGACGGAAUCGGAAGGACCGACCGCUCCGCAAACAUUAAACCCCGAAGCCUGAAGCUGAAGCCAGAAGUCUCGAUCUUCUGCGGAGAAGCUCAAGCCUCGCGGACUCAGUUUUCACAUCUUCAUUAUACGAAAACUUCAAGGUUUACAUUUUUAGACAGUUUUGAGAAUACUUUUUGCUUCAAAAUGUGCCUUUUUAUGUACUCUAUAUGUAUUUAAGUAGGAAGAUUAGUUCUUAUGUUUUUGCAUUAACUUCCCUUAUUUAUUUAUGAGGUAUAUUUUCAACAUUAAAGAUUUAAUAUCUUUUUGAGGAGCUUCGAACCUCAAAAUUACCUGCUGAUUUUUCCA